AUGCAACAUUUUAGUAGUAAUAAUUUCCGAGUGAUCAUUUCUGAGUACAAAAACGUCGCAGGGCGUCCACCGGCUUUGCUAACUGUAGAGAGCCAAGAGGCAGGGCCGGUGGAUUUUAGCCACUGUACCAUGUCUGUGUGUGUGCAAAAGAGUAAUUCAUACUUGUGGUGUGAUGGAACCCAGAAACUUGUUUCUAUAGAACCUCUCUUUAAUGAAACGUGUGAAUUGACACCAAAACCUGGAGGUGUGGAAUGCUGUGAAGUGGCCACCCGCAUCCCUGGCAGGAAGGGAAGAUUUUCAGUCAUUGCCCCAGUGAGGAUUCUGUUGUGUGUCAAUGGCUUCUGUAGUGGCAGCCGCUCCAUUUUUGCACUCAGAAAUGAUAGCGGGGAGAACUCUGCGUUGAAAGCUUCAUUAAUUUCCCAUUCAGUGAUUAGCACUCUUCUAAUUAUGAAAGAAAGGUAA